AUGGGCAGCCAGGAGGUGCUUGGCCAGGCGGCCCGGCUGGCCUCUUCCGGUCUCCUCAUGCAGGUGGUGUUUCGAUUGAUCACCUUUGUCUUGAAUGCAUUUACUCUUCGCUUCCUUUCAAAGGAAAUUGUUGGCAUAGUGAAUGUAAGAUUAACAUUGCUUUACUCAACCACCCUUUUCCUGGCCAGAGAGGCCUUCCGCAGAGCAUGUCUGAGUGGGGGCACCCAGCGAGACUGGAGCCAGACCCUCAACCUCCUGUGGCUCACAGUCCCUCUGGGUGUAUUUUGGUCUUUGUUCUUGGGCUGGGUCUGGUUACAGUUGCUUGAAGUGCCUGAUCCGAAUGUCGUCCCCCACUAUGGAACUGGAGUGGUGCUGUUUGGGCUCGCGGCAGUGGUGGAACUUCUGGGAGAGCCCUUCUGGGUCGUGGCACAAGCACAUAUGUUUGUCAAGCUCAAGGUGACUGCUGAGAGCCUGUCAGUGAUCUUCAAGAGUGUCCUCAUAGCCUCUCUCGUGCUGUACUUGCCUCACUGGGGACUGUACAUCUUCUCUUUGGCCCAGCUUUUCUUUACCACAGUGCUGGUGCUCUGCUAUGUUAUCUAUUUCACAAAGUUACUGGGUUCCCCAGACUCCUCCAAGCAACACACUCUUCCUCUUUCCAGAAUGAGAGAUUUGUUACCCAAUAUUGCAAGAAGUGGAACUUUUGUGAACUGGGAAGAGGCCAAAUUGACUUGGAGUUUUUUCAAGCAAUCUUUCUUGAAACAGAUUUUGACAGAAGGUGUGUAUGAUAUAGUAAAUAACCUUGGUUCCCUUGUGGCCAGAUUGAUAUUCCAGCCCAUAGAGGAGAGCUUUUACAUAUUCUUUGCUAAGGUGCUGGAGAGAGAAAAGGGCGCCACACUUCAGAAGCAGGAGGAUGUUGCUGUGGCCGCCGUGGUUUUGGAGUCCCUGCUCAAGCUGGCCCUGCUGACUGGCCUGACCAUCGCUGUGUUUGGCUUUGCCUAUUCUCAGCUGGCUUUGGACAUCUAUGGAGGUGCCAUGCUUAGCUCAGGAUCAGGUCCUGUUUUGCUGCGUUUCUAUUGUCUCUACGUCCUCCUGCUUGCCAUCAAUGGAGUGACCGAAUGUUUCACGUUUGCUGCCAUGAGCAAAGAGGAGGUUGACAGGUACAACUUCACAAUGCUGGCCCUGUCAUCCUCAUUCCUGGUGUUUGCCUAUCUCCUGACCCGUUGGUGUGGCAGUGUGGGCUUCAUCUUGGCCAACUGCUUUAAUAUGAGCAUUCGGAUCACACAAAGCCUUUCCUUCAUCCACCGCUACUACCAAAAGAGCCCUCACAGGCCCCUGGCUGGCCUGUACCUGUCACCAGCCCUCCUCGGGGCAUUUGCCCUUAGUGGUGGGAUUACUGGUUUAUCAGAGGUAUAUCUCUGCUGUGAACAGGGCUGGCCAGCCAAGCUGGCACACAUUGCUGUGGGGACCUUCUGUUUGGGAGUGACUCUCAGAGUGGCAUUCUUCACAGAGUCCAAGCUGAUCCACUUUCUUAGGACUCAGUUUAGUGUCUCCAGACCCUCCAACAAAACGACAUGA